AUAUCCUCUAUUGCCCCCUUUUUUUUCUUAUUUCCUUCAAACAAGAGGAGAAAUAUUGAAGGUAUCUCUCCAGUUCUUCGUCCACCCGUUAAACUCACUCGUGCCAUGGAACAUAACGACUUUGUUACUCCAAUGCCAGGCAAGUCAAUUGGUGGAAAGAGAAAUGAUAAACGAGAUACACGAAGAAGAUAUUAA